AUGACAAGAGCAAAAAAAUCCACCACAACAAAAACUACAACAACGGAAACAUCAGCAACUACAGCGACGACAAACCCGAUCUUUCGUCUGUUCACCUUAGAAACAGUUUCAAGAAACUUGCAACAGCAAAGUGACUCGCGUCGUGAGAAACAACAACAACAACGCGACCACCACGAACGAAGACUGGCCGCUAAGAAGAGGCGGAAGAAAUUUAAGCAACAACUUCGGCAACAACAACAAAACGAUCAGCGUCAACAAUACACUGAACAACAACAGCAACAGCAACAACUCAUUGAAUUACAACCACAGCAGCAACAACCUCAACAGCAAAAUGAGUAUCAACAAAAUUUACAUGAGGAAUUUAAACUUAACAAUGAAGAUGAUGCAAUAACAACAAAAGCGGUCUCAAAAAGAAUAAGUCUUUCAAUCCCAUUCUUCCAAACGAAGUUCGCCUCGGCAGCAACAGCAUCCGCCAACAACACAAACUACCCACAUUUAAACCAACUCAUUCAGCAACACAAACAACAACAACCACAACAAGACAACAACGAUCAAUCGCCUAAGAAACCCGCCCAAGACAAUCCGGAAAAGGAAGAAGAAAAACCUAAACCCAAUAGCCAAUUAGAAGCCGGAAAAAAGUUGCCCCGGAAGUUGGGUUCAUUUCCGGUUGAACUAUUUGGCAAACCGAUAGAAGAGUUGGAUGAAUACUACUUGGAUAAAAAUCAAUCAAGAACUGCCCAGUUCGGAGUUAGUGCAUAA